AUGGAUGAUGAUGAUGAUUUGGAUGAUGAUGAUGAUUUGGAUGAUGAUGAUGAUUUGGAUGAUGAUGAUGAUUUGGAUGAUGAUGAUGAUUUGGAUGAUGAUGAUGAUUUGGAUGAUGAUGAUGAUUUGGAUGAUGAUGAUGAUGAUGAUUUGGAUGAUGAUGAUGAUUUGGAUGAUGAUGAUGAUGUUGGAUGA